AUGAAGCUUACCACAGCUCUUUUCGGUCUUACUGGACUUGUUGGUUUAGCCCUUAGCCAGGCGAUCAUCAAGAACAGUGGGGUCGACUCUGCAGCUGUUGUUCCGGACAGCUACAUCGUCAUGUACAAGCCCAAUAUGAAGUCUGGCAGCAAACAGAAGCACGAACAUACUAUCACUUCCAAGGCCAAGACUAAGGGCAAAGAGGGUGUUAUUGAGAAUAUCAACCUUGGUGGUUUCCAAGGCUACAUUGCUGAGAUUCCAGCCUCAGAGCUCAAAGAUGUUAUCAACUCUGAUCUAGUCGCUUAUAUUGAGAAGGAUACUGUGGUUAAUAUCACUGCCGCUGCUGCCUUUCCCCUUGGCCCCCUAACCAAGCGCGCAUACACCAGCCAGCAAGGAGCCCCUUGGGGUCUCGCUCGCAUCUCACAUGCACCUAAACCCCCCGGCUUCGACUCAAGCUACUACUAUGACACCACUGCCGGCGCCGGCACGAAUGUAUAUAUAAUCGACACAGGCAUUCGAAUCACCCACAAGGAGUUCUCAGAUGGCCGCGCCACCUGGGGCGCCAACUUUAUCAGCGGCUCUCCCAAUACGGACGAAUAUGGCCAUGGCACUCACGUUGCCGGCACUAUCGGCGGCAAAACCUACGGCGUGGCCAAGGCCUGUCGAAUGCUUGCAGUUAAGGUGCUCGAUAAGACUGGCUCUGGCACUAUGGCUGGUUUAAUCCAAGGCCUGCAGUGGGCUGUCAAAAACGCCAAGGCCCGAGGUGUCGCUCAAAAGGCUGUCAUUAAUAUGUCCCUCGGGGGCUACUAUACUGCCGCCGUCAAUGAUGCCGUUAAGGCUGCUACUGAUGCUGGUCUCACCGUUGUUGUCUCUGCUGGCAAUUCAAAUGACGACGCCACAUACUACUCACCUGCUUCUGCUCCAUCUGCUAUUACUGUCGGUGCUACUGAAGGUUCUAACUACCGCACUGCGUGGUCUAAUUAUGGCUCCUUAGUCGAUAUCUUUGCGCCUGGUAGUAGUAUUCUCAGUUCGUGGCACCUUAGCGACUCUAGCAGCAGAUACCUUUCUGGCACGAGUAUGGCCGCGCCCCAUGUUGCUGGUCUUGCUGCAUAUUUUAUCUCGAAGGAGGGUAUCCGAGGUUCUGCUGCUGUUACUCAACGUAUCCUCAAAGCUGCUAUUCCCAAUGUUGUGUCUGACCCCAAUGGCAGUAAUAACCGCCUUGCCUAUAAUGCGGGUGGUGCAUAG